AUGAACGCACCGCCGACUCACCACUGUUUUCUCCGUCCACAGUCCCACCGUAAGUUUUCGGCUCCGCGCCACGGAUCUCUGGGCUUCCUGCCCCGCAAGAGGAGUCGUCGUCAUCGUGGUAAGGCCAAGAGCUUCCCCAAGGAUGACCCCUCCAAGCCCGUGCACCUGACGGCCUUCCUGGGCUACAAGGCCGGCAUGACCCACAUCGUCCGCGAGGUCGACAGACCCGGCUCAAAGGUCAACAAGAAGGAAGUGGUUGAGGCUGUGACCAUUUUGGAGACACCUCCCAUGAUUGUGGUUGGCGUUGUGGGAUACGUGAACACCCCCAGAGGCCUCCGUUCCUUCAAGACCAUCUUCGCUGAGCACGUCAGUGAUGAGUGCAAGCGCCGCUUCUACAAGAACUGGUACAAGUCCAAGAAGAAGGCGUUCACCAAAUACUGCAAGAAAUGGCAGGAUGAUGAGGGCAAGAAGCAGCUGGAGAAGGACUUUAAUUCCAUGAAGAAGUACUGCCAGGUCAUCCGCAUCAUCGCCCACACACAGAUGCGUCUGCUGCCCGUGAGGCAGAAGAAGUCUCACCUCAUGGAGGUGCAGCUGAACGGAGGCACCAUCGACGACAAGGUGGACUGGGCCCGCGAGAAGCUGGAGCAGGCCGUGCCAGUGAACAAUGUGUUCACCCAGGACGAGAUGAUCGACGUCAUCGGUAUCACAAAGGGUCACGGAUACAAGGGUGUCACCAGCCGUUGGCACACAAAGAAGCUUCCCCGCAAGACCCAUCGUGGUCUCCGUAAGGUGGCCUGUAUUGGUGCCUGGCAUCCUGCCCGCGUGGCCUUCUCUGUAGCCCGUGCCGGUCAGAAGGGUUACCAUCACCGUACCGAGAUCAACAAGAAGAUCUACAAGAUCGGCCAGGGCUACCACACCAAGGACGGCAAGCUGGUGAAGAACAACGCCUCAACAGAGUACGAUCUGUCCAACAAGAGCAUCAACCCCCUGGGUGGCUUUGUCCACUACGGAGAGGUGACCAACGACUUUGUCAUGGUGAAGGGCUGUGUUGUGGGGACCAAGAAGAGGGUGCUGACUCUGCGCAAGUCUCUGCUGGUGCAGAGCAGCCGUCGUGCCCUGGAGAAGAUCGACCUCAAGUUCAUCGACACCACCUCCAAGUUCGGUCAUGGCCGCUUCCAGACCGUGGAGGAGAAGAAGGCGUUCAUGGGACCACUCAAGAAGGACCGCAUCACCAAGGAGGAGACUGCUUAAAGUCUCGGUCCAUGACCAAAGUCUCUGCUGCAUUCGCCAUCACCAUCUUUACUGUUCUGCAGAGUUAUUUAAUAAAAAAAGAAA